ACCGCGGAGGCUGCGGGCGAGCCGGCAGCACUGCGGGAGCGCUCCGCAGCCCGAGCCGCCGCCGCCGCCGCCAUGGGCACGGAGCCUCGCGUCAGUGCCGUGGCCCCGGCGGGCGGCGACGCCGCGCGGGGGGCGCAGGAUGGGUCCACAAAGGCAGGGAAGAUGCCAGAAGGAGAGAAAAUGAGACAGUGCAAGCAGGGAGCUGAGCAGCAACAGAAAGAAGAUGAGCAGGAGGGCCUCAUCGAAUUCUAUGGUUCCUACCAGGAGCUAUUCCAGUUCUUCUGUAGCAACACAACAAUCCAUGGGGCUAUCCGCCUGGUAUGCUCCAAAAAGAAUAAGAUGAAGACAGCCUUCUGGUCCGUUCUCUUCUUUCUCACCUUCAGCUUAAUGUACUGGCAGUUUGGGAUCCUCUACAGGGAGUACUUCAGCUACCCUGUCAACCUCAACCUCAACCUCAGCUCCGACAGGCUGACUUUCCCUGCUGUGACCCUGUGCACCCUCAAUCCAUACAGAUACAGCGCCAUCCGGAAGAAGCUAGAUGAACUGGACCAGAUCACCCAUCAGACGCUGCUAGACCUCUAUGACUACAACAUGUCUCUGGCACGAAGUGACUGGUCAACCCUGUCCACACGAAAACGUAGUUCAAGGAGUUUGCUCCACCAUGUUCAGCGCCAUCCACUGCGAAGGCAGAAACGGGAUAACUUAGUCAGCUUGCCAGAGAACAGUCCCUCAGUGGACAAGAACGACUGGAAAAUUGGCUUUGUUCUGUGCAGUGAAGACAACAAGGAUUGUUUCCAUCAGGCAUACUCCUCAGGGGUGGAUGCAGUGCGAGAAUGGUACAGCUUUCACUAUAUCAAUAUCCUGGCACAGAUGCCUGAUGCAAAAGCCCUGGAUGAAUCUGACUUUGAGAAUUUCAUCUAUGCUUGCCGCUUCAAUGAAGCAACAUGUGACAAGGCGAAUUACACCCACUUCCACCAUCCCUUGUAUGGGAACUGCUAUACCUUUAAUGACAACAGCAGCAGCUUGUGGACAUCCUCGCUGCCUGGGAUCAAUAACGGUCUCUCUCUGGUGGUGCGCACUGAACAGAAUGAUUUCAUCCCCCUGUUGUCCACGGUGACAGGAGCUAGGGUCAUGGUCCAUGAUCAGAAUGAGCCAGCCUUCAUGGAUGAUGGGGGUUUCAAUGUGCGUCCCGGUAUUGAGACCUCCAUCAGCAUGAGAAAGGAGGUGACUGUGCGUCUUGGGGGCAGUUACAGUGAUUGUACAGAGGAUGGCAGUGAUGUGCCAGUGCAAAACCUGUACUCAUCUCGCUACACUGAGCAGAUGUGCAUUCGUUCCUGCUUUCAGCACAACAUGGUAGAGCGCUGUGGCUGUGCAUAUUACUUCUACCCCUUACCUGCUGGAGCAGAGUACUGUGACUAUAUGAAGCACAUAGCUUGGGGUUACUGCUAUUACAAACUCCUGGCUGAAUUCAAAGCUGAUGUGCUGGGCUGUUUCCACAAAUGUCGGAAACCUUGCAAAAUGACAGAAUACCAGCUAUCAGCUGGAUACUCUCGCUGGCCUUCUGCGGUCUCAGAGGACUGGGUUUUUUACAUGCUUUCACAACAGAACAAAUACAAUAUCACAUCAAAGAGGAAUGGAGUUGCCAAAGUGAAUAUAUUUUUUGAGGAAUGGAAUUACAAGACCAAUGGGGAAUCUCCAGCUUUCACGGUAGUGACUCUGCUGUCCCAGUUUGGGAAUCAGUGGAGUCUCUGGUUUGGAUCCUCUGUACUUUCUGUGAUGGAACUUGCAGAGCUGAUUCUGGAUUUCAUUGCCAUCACUUUUAUCUUGGCCUUCCGCUGGCUCCGUUCUCACAAGACGCAUUCCCCACCAGGGCCACAUCCAUGCAGUCAAGACAACACUGCUUUCCCAGACGAGACCUUGGGUCUCAGUGCUCCACACCGCUUCACUGUUGAGGCUGUAGUGACCAUGCUACCAUCUUACAACAGCCUGGAACCACAUGGGCCAAGUAGGGAUGGCGAAAUGGGACAUGAGUGAGGGAGUGGCUUAUUCUACAAUGCAGAUGGGUGGCAAUAGGAGCAGAGGCUACACACUUUCUCUGUGGAACCUGCAUUUCCUUCUUUCUGUGGUGCUCUACCCGGAUCAUAGCAGAAAACUGCACUGUGGUUGGCCAUGGGUUAGUUGCUUUCACUAUGGUAGGUGAAUUCUCCAGUCUCAUAAAAUACUAUUGCUCUGGGGAUCACCAGGAAUGAGAGUUGAUCUAGUCUAUGUAUGGGGAAGAGGUCAACUCAGUUUCCUUAUACUUCUUGCAUGUGUUCACCCACACAUGCACGCAUGCUUUCUUUUCCCUGUAACAAGGAUGCUGCCACAGUUCUUGUCUGUCAUUAAUUAAAGAGGUUUGGCAGGUG